AUGAAAUCAUACGAAGCUGCUACAAUGAAGAGUAAAUGCUGGAAGAUACUAUCAGCCAUUGUCAGUCGCUUGUUUUUCAGCCUUCAUGGAUUCCUUAUGAUACUUUUACUAUCAGCGAUGGAAAAUAAUUUUAGUUACCUUGUACUGCUAAGUAUCAUUUUUCUGUUGUUCUUUGAGAUGAUCAUCACGCUACGGGAAACUAAGAAAGGAGAAUGGAAAUGGUUUUCCCCCAUGGUGUUUAUAUAUCUGUGUUCUGUUAUUCCUCCAAUUUUUAUCAUGGAACUGGGUCUUCUACAAUUCAGAAUUGGAAUAAGCAAUGUUACACAUCAUGAGUCCUACCUUUCUACUCUCUCUCAGGUGUACACAGAAUACUCAAAUGAGCUUCAAGCCAUGGAGGAAAUACUGAUUUUGGUCCUAGUCAUAGGACGCUGGUUGAUGCCAAAAGGUUACAUGAACAGAGAGCAGCUCUGUCAGCUUCUCUUGACUUACCUUGCGUUGGGGGCAGAUAUAUUGGAUAUUUUACAACUAAUCAAAGAGACAAAAAUUAAUACUAACAAGCCUGCAGCUGUUGUUGGUUUGUGCCUUUUUUCCUGGGCAAUCCUGCAAUUCGCAAUAGUGCUCACUCAGACGUCAGCACCAACAUUUCGGAUAACAAGCCUCACAGAAGAGUCAUUGUCAACAACUGAUCAAAAGAGACCCCGAAUAACUUCAUGCUGCACUAAUGAGAUGUGGAGCGUUAUCAUCACGAUUGGGAUGCAAGAUGGACCGUUUCUUAGCAGUGGUCACACCACCUUUCAGGCUUCGCCUGAACACAGGAAACUUGUGAAGGAGACACAGUUCAAAGAAGAGGGGAUGGAGAGGGAGGAAGGGGAGAAAGCAGGAUGGGUGACAGGGGCUACAGGUCUGACGGAGAGUUAA